CAUUUCAGUCGCUUACAAGUCAGUUUCAUCAGAGGCGAGGCUAAAUAUCUCACAUCAGCGACGAGAUCUCCUCUCAACAUGCUUUUUGGUCUUCUUUAUCCCCUUCUAUUUGAACUCUCUGCUCUAAUUCCAGAUCCAGCAUUUUCACAAGGUUUGUAAGAUACGUUUGAAUCGUAUCUCUUAUUGUUUUCAGCGUUAGAACUUUGAUGUUGGUAUAAUUCAUUUAUUCAUAGUAAUUCAACUCAGAAUCUGGAUGUACGUCCGAUUUUCCCUGAAUUCUAUCAGCCUUUGUUUUUUUGUUAUAUUUUCACUUGGCUAGUGAUGAACGAUGAAUGCUCUUUGGAAACUUGUUUCAACAAUUUGCUUUAUAAUUGAUUACUGUUACUGGAACGCUGCUGAAUGGCACAAUCUCAACGUUCUUUCAUGUUUAUCUGCUGUUAUGAAGUCCCAUAGUUGAAGUCAAUCUGUUGCCCUCCAACGUUCAGCAUUUCAACUUUUUUAAAUGCAAAUAACACUCCAUCACUUCACAUUGAGAAAUGAUUUUCAAGACUUAGCUAAAGUAUUGAAUAAAAAAGCCUUUACUCAACUUCAAUUUAAAUUCUAAAUGCAGACAAAAAAAACAGCUACACUCCUUUAAACUUGGAUAAAACUGCGGAGGUCUACAGGCUUUCGACCUCGUCAUGGUUUUACUCAAAAGACUGCUAAAAUUGGGUUCGCAGAAACACUCGAUUCCACUGUCUAUCAGACAAUUGAUUGAAGUUCUUCCUUUUUCCGAAAGAAAAUUUAAAAGCAAUAUGUUAUAGUAAGAUAAUCAAUACGGAGGAACAGAAACGAAUGAUAACAUUACAGCACCGAAGAGCUAGAAAUGCUUAGAAUUUAAAGUUUUGUGACUUCAUUUGCAAAAUUUUAUUUUGAAAUGUUACCUCAGUAAAUAAAUAUAUUAAAGUCAUGUAGAAUGCUCGUAUAUUUAUGGUUAAUGACACGGCAGAUGUUGAUAACUGAGAAGGUUAGACAAUACAACUUAAUGUUCGAGAGGUUUCGAACAACUAUUUAAUAAAUUAAAAUCGAAAUGGCUCGUUGAAAUGGCUGCGAAAAAUCUAUCUGCGAUAUUUUCAGUGUUCGACGAAGCGAUUUUCUUUUUUCACCAAACUAAAUUUUUCACAUGUUAUCCUUCUCUCUUUAUCUUGCAAAAUAUCGCCUGAUUUUACCCAACUUGAUCGAGGGCCUCCGGGGCUAGGCACCCAACAGAGUUUUGCGACAACACUGGAGGAAAAUUUUCAAUUGAAAUAGGCGGAAGUCGAGGGACCUAAGAUGUUAUCGACAAAAUGACAUCUGUUUUGCUUCCCAAAUUUAUGAAUUCUAAAAUUAAGAUAGGUACCAUAGUAACGGUGACGCAAGAUUCCUCCAACCUUUCAGGUAUUUGGAAUGGAUAGCUACUAAAUAAACACGAGCUGACAUAAUUUGUCUCCAAUUAGAUCAGAAAAUUCAUGGGGAAUUUAAAAUAAUUUUGUCAUGAGUAAUUGCUGUUGAAAAUAUAAGCCUUUAGAAGUCUCCACACUGCUUAGUCAUGCUGACAUGCGUACCAUAGUACUUUCUAGAACAUUUCAUCAAGUCACGCAGAUAUAGAUUACGUAAUACUACUAAAAUAUCUCAAUCCUUUUUACCAUUCUCAGUUAUCUCUUCGCUGUAAUUUACAACAUCCUAAUACGGCACAAGAAGGAGAGAGGCUGACACUGAUUGGCCUUGAAAUUAUUCUUAAAAAGUUUUUUUUUAAUGGCAUGCCUCUAAUGUUGCAAUUUAAUGAAGCUAAUUUACUACUGACCAUAGCAAAAUGGUUUUUUACCUCCCUAAAUAGCGGAUUUAGCCAAAUGAAUGUUAAUAAGAGUAACGUAGAUAUAAUAAACAUCAAUUACUUUGAAUGGUAUAGCGGGGGGAGGGGAGUACUGUUCUAUAGGCCACUUAAUCCUCCCUUCUGACCAGCUAGUCCCUUCAAAACCACUCCCUCCUUGAGUAGUGCCAUCAUAUCCUUUAUUAAUGAACUGUUCCUCUUUCCUAUUACAGUAUCAAACCCCGUGUAUCGCGAAGGCAACCACGCCUCCUCUACAAGAACCUUCCUGAGACGUACAUUCAUUAAACACGAGUUUCAUCACUUGAAUGUGCCGCUUGUUGGAACAGUGGCAGUGUCUGAUGUGUUUGACUGCACGUUAGAAUGUCUCAGCAAUCCGUUCUGUUUUUCUGUAAACCUGGCCGCCUUCAAAGAAGCCCAUGGAGAACUUUGGUGCGAAUUGUUGUCAUCUGAUAAGUUCAGAAACUCCACAGAGUAUAAGGGGAAUAAAAGUUCUCAUCAUUUUGCCAUUGAGGUAGGAAGCAUUUCUUAAUUUUGACAAAUAAACGUGUCAAAAGUUUGACAGCUUUGUCAAGAUCGUAGAGAGAAGGCAGUCUGGCUAAUUAAAGCCACUGCAAAUGGUGUUGAUCUGUUGUCCUAUUCAUUGUGGUGACAACCGCAUUUCUAGGGCAUGUUGAAAAGUAUUCAAACAUACAGUUUCUCGUGCUAAAAUGAAUCCGGACCGGAUUGACGGAAUAGCGCGGAUUGGCGGAUUCAAGUACCCCCUAGUCACCACAUAUUUACAGACUUACAGCUGCGUUUCAAAAUACAUGAACUAUUUUCCUACUUUGUUUCUCUACAGUCACCUUGCUCUUCGUCACCUUGUCAACACGAGGCUACCUGUGUCACUAACUAUAGAGAUGGCUUAUUCGGAUGUCGCUGUGCAAAAGGCUUCAAAGGAGAAUAUUGUGAAAAAAGUGAAUAGUUAUAGUUUGGCAUAGUUUUGUGACUGAUAUACAUCCAACAGCAUUAAAUGCUAUAAUUCUCAAGUGACUGCUAUAAAUUUUUGUGCUUUAACUUGCAGCUCGAAGACUUUUUAAAAUAGUUAGCGAAAAUAUGUAACUUAACGUAAUGGAUAAAGAUGUUGAAUCUUUUGGUGCUUUAGUUGAUCAAACAUCUGACAGCGAAGUCGAAAGGUCUGAGGUGGAGAACUGAAUAUACUUACUUCUCCUCAGGGACCAAUCAUUAGUUACCCGGGGCAGUGGGGGGUAAAGGAUUUUGGAGGAUGACAUGAUUUCCAGGGGAAAAGGAGGGGGGGACUAUAGAAAUUGACUGCUAAUUUUAAAACUGCCAAUGAGUGGAGAUCGUAAGAAUAUUACAGAGCCUUGACUGAGAGGGGAGGGAGGGAGCGAUCUGGUUAAUUUUAUCGUGACACAACCAAAAUCCUCUGACCCCCCUCCCUCGGCAGUAAAUAAUAGCUGGUAUCAAAGUAAUGUUUGUCAUCUCUUAUUGCUAAAAGGUUUUGCUAAUAGCUUGAUACAGGAAUGUACGAUGAGUCUAGUUUUCAGUGUGUCCCCUACUGGAUUGUGAUAGAGCCUAAAUACCCUAAACACUUCACUUUUUUUUUCGCUACAUUUAGGUAUUUGGUCCUGCGAAGAUGCUAACAACCUUUUCAAGUAAGGGAUACCAAAUGAUUACCUUUUCGAGCAUAAAAAAUGUCAAAAUUAUCGAAUAGUUUCGAUGUCGAGAGAACAUUUUCGCCGCAAACUAAAAUGAUCACGCAUGGAUUUCUUUUCGUGUCAAACAGGUCAAACGCCAGUCAAUUGGUUACAUUAGGCCUUGACUCUAGACCAAUCACAGUUCUCUGUCAGAUGAGAGAUUCUAGAUGCGGAGAUGGAGGAUGGACGCCUGUAAUGAAGACUGACGGCAACAAGGUAAGCCUCAUAUAGCGGAAUAUUCUUGGCGGGGUUUUCUUGCGAGUGACGAAGCGAAAGCAAGACAUUUUCAGAAGCGUCAAUACUACGAGAGAAUCUCUCAGUAACUCGCCAAUAUUCUUCUCACGGCCCCUGCCUGCGGAAAUUCUUCUGCAUAAGUGCUACAAUACCCUAAUAUCUAAAAACGCGACAAAUUUCUAAUUAACCCGCCUACAAGUAGGGUAUAGAUUGAUGGCUUGUACACUAACUGUAUUACUAAUUUCACGAGGGUCCUUCCUUCGGUGAUGCAUCGUGUUAUUUAAAUUUAAGGAUGAAUUAAAUCCUCUUAAUUCUUUUUAGGCAACGUUUCACUAUGACUCUCACUACUGGAGUGAUAAAAACCAAUACAACAUCCCCGGCGGGAGGACUGGGUUUGACUCACAAGAGACCAAGUUACCGACCUAUUGGAACACACCUUUCUCAAAGAUCUGUCUCGGUAUGAAGAUAAGUGGAGAGCUCAGGUUUAUUGUCAUUAACAAGCAGGCCAACUCUCUGUACUCACUGAUUGCUGAUGGGACAUACCGCGCUUCUUCACUGGGUCGUAACGAGUGGAAGAAGUUGAUUGAUGCGAAUGGCUCAUUGCAACAGCACUGUGACAGAGAGGGCUUCAAUGCUGUAGGUACUAAAAGUCAUCAUUCUAAAGCAAGAAUUGGUUAUAUAGCUAACGAUGCAAACGAUUGUGGCUCUUGUGACUCCAGAAUUGGGUUUGGUACCGGAGGAUAUCCUCAUAACUCCAAUACGUGUGGAAACGCAGCAGCUUAUUCCCCAGAUAACGGUAACAGAAAUAUCAAAGCUAUGGGAUAUAUUUUGGUGCAGUAA